UUUUUAUGAAUAAGCUUGACAAUUCCGUUUCUUGACUGACUUCGUAGACUUUGGAAGUCAAUGACGGUCGGAAAGAGACUGAAGACCGAGUCCUUUGCGUAUUUCACGUUAAGACCAAUUGUUAACAAAGGAAAUGAAAAGUGGAGAAAGGAGAAGUUACAGAGGUAUCAUUAUCUUGUUAUGGAUUUCAUCACUCUGUUUCUUGUUGUCUCUGUAUUCUUCACUGCUUCAGCUCAACAAAUGGAGUCUAAUGUGAGCCGGGGCUCUUCUCUAACACCCACCACAAACUCAACGUGGUUGUCACAUUCUGGUCUCUAUGCCUUUGGAUUUUACAAGCAAGGCGAUGACUACUCUGUUGGGAUUUUUAUUGCCGGAAUUCCUGAGAAGACCGUUGUCUGGACUGCAACCCGUGAUGGCCCACCUGUCUCCAGCAAUGCUACCUUGCGUUUCGCAAGCGAUGGCAGGCUUGUCCUUGAAGUGGCACAAGAGCAGGUAGCCGUCGUAGCUGAUUCUUCUGGGUCUGCUUCCGCUUCCAUGCUUAACUCUGGCAAUUUUGUCAUCUACAAUUCCGACCAAAAAAUAAUAUGGCAGAGUUUUGAGUACCCGACUGAUACGCUUUUACCCGGUCAACGUCUCCUUCCAGAACAUGAGCUGGUUUCUAGUAUUUCAGACACUCAUCACUCAACGGGUAUCUUCCGUCUGAGGAUGCAAGAUGAUGGAAACCUUGUUCAGUACCCGGUGGGUCCUCCAUAUGCUUACUAUGCGACUGGAACAAAUGGCUUUGGAUAUAACGUGACGCUAAACUUGGAUGCUGAUGGCCAUCUAUACUUGCUAAACGGUACUAGGUUCAAUAUUAAGAAUCUGACGAAAGGAGGAUAUCCUACAAAAGAAACUAUUUAUCUCACGAGAAUUGAUGCGAAUGGGUUAUUCCGGCUGUACUCGCAUGAUCUGAAACAGAGCGGAAACUGGUCAAUUUUAUGGUCAUCUUCAGAUGAUGAGUGCGAUCCUUGGGGUCUUUGCGGAUUAAAUGGUUUUUGUGUUACAAAUUAUCAAAAGGCUGACUGUGUAUGUCUUCCGGGAUUCGAAAUGGUACAACAGGGGAACUGGACUGCAGGCUGCGAGAGGAAUUUCACUGCAGAAAGUUGCAAAAAAAAUGGAGAUAUUACAUACAACAUGCAAGAAGCGGCUAACACCAUAUGGGAAGAUGUUUCAUAUUCUGUUCUGACAGUAGAAUCCCAAGAUUCUUGCUCACAAGCCUGUUUAGAGGACUGUAACUGUGAAGCUGCACUAUUCAAAAACAGGGCGUGCCGAAAACAAAGGCUUCCAUUGAGAUAUGGAAGAAAGCAACCCGGGGAUUCAAACAUAGCUUUCAUCAAGGUAAGUACGUCUACACCCACUACUCCAAAUGGAAAUAUGCCAAAAGAAAACAAGAAAGAGCUUCGAGUGGACAUCCUAAUUAUUAGUGCUUCAUUUGUUGCUUUUGGAUGCAUGUUCUUGGUAAUUUCCGGAAUUGUGUUUUACAAAAAUCAUUUUCGGUAUACAAAACUCUCUUGUGAUGGAAAUGUUGAACUCGGUGACAAUUUUGCUCCACGAUCGUUCACUUAUUCAGAACUUGAGCAAGUGAGUGGCGGUUUCAGGGAAGAGGUUGGUAGGGGAUCAUUUGGGGCAGUUUAUAAAGGGGCAAUAUCGAAUGGCGAGAAGAUUGUAGCUAUCAAAAAACUAGAGAAAGUGUUGGCUGAAGGGGAAAGAGAGUUUCAGACUGAGAUGAAAGUUAUUGGGAGAACGCAUCACAGAAACCUUGUUCGUCUGCUCGGGUAUUGCCAUGACGGAACUAACAGGCUUUUGGUUUUUGAGUACAUGAGCAACGGGUCGCUUGCAGAUGUACUCUUCACACCAGAAAAACAACCUUGCUGGGAUGAUAGAAUGGGAAUUGCUCGCAAUGUAGCAAGAGGAAUUCUUUAUCUCCAUGAAGAGUGUGAGCAACAGAUCAUUCAUUGUGACAUAAAACCUCAGAACAUUCUCAUGAAUGAGUAUGGAUGUGCAAAAAUCUCUGACUUUGGAUUGGCAAAGCUGCUGAAGCAAGACCAAACCAAAACGUUUACCGGCAUCAGAGGGACAAAGGGUUAUGUUGCACCAGAGUGGCAUCGGAAAUUGCCCAUCACAGUGAAAGCAGAUGUUUACAGCUACGGUAUUGUACUCUCGGAGAUCAUAUGUUGUCGAAAGUGUGUGGACUGGAAUCUAACUGAGGAAGAAGCUGUUCUUGAAGAAUGGGCCUACCACUGUUUUGAAGCUAGAGACCUUGCUAAAUUACUUGGGGAUGAAGAAGAGGUUGACAAAAAACAAGUGGAGAGAAUGGUUAAACUGGGACUUUGGUGCGUUCAGUAUGAACCAGCACUCCGACCCUCGAUGAAUAAGGUUCUGCUUAUGUUGGAAGGGACUGUUGAUAUUCCAAUUCCUCCAAGCCCUAACUCUUUCCUAAGUGCGAUAUAGGCUCUCAAGUGAUUGAGCCUCAUAAUUUGUGUAACAAAGUUGUUAAGUUCUUGUAUGCUUUUCCUUUUCUUUUUUCCCUUUUUUUUUUUUUUUUUUUUUUUGAAUAUGUAAGCUUUACAUUCAUACGAUGAAUACACACGUCUCCUCAAU